AAUAUAUCUAGUGUACUAAGGAAAUUUAUAAGAGAUGGAGCUGAGUGGAAUAUUGAAAUAUUGUUAAAUAGGUAAACAAUGGAAGCAACAAAUCAAGAAAAAAACCUCCCUUCUCGGGGAUUGAAGCAAGUAAAGGUGGAUAACUGGGGAACUUUUUUCCUUCAACGACUUCAGCAACUCUACUUUGAGGAAGAAUUGCUCGACCUUACUAUUAAGUUUCCCACUAGUGACAUCACUGUUCAGGCUCAUCGUUUAGUUAUAACAACAUGCACAGAUUAUUUUUCACAAUUAGAGAGAGAACAGAAAGAAAAGGAUGACAACUUUGAUGGAGUAAUUAUUAUGCCUCCAGAUAUGCCGUAUGAAUGUGUUAAAUCUAUUAUAAGUUUUAUGUACACUGGACAGUUGGAGUAUUGGACUUCUGAACAACAUGCUUUAUAUCGUACUGCACAGAAAAUGAAUAUGACUGUACUAACUAAGUUGCUUGAUGCACAAUUUAAUACUACUUCUUUACAAAAUGAGCAAUCACCGAAGUGCAAUACACGAUCAACAGUAGCAGUUUCAAAGCCUUCAACAUCUAGCACAAAGCCGACAACAACUUCCAGUCCCUCACCAGGACUUUCAACUCAACCAUUACCAGGUAGAAAACUUCCUAUUUGGAAACGGAAAUUAGAUGCACCGCAAAACACACCGUCACUUAGUUAUGAAAUGCGAACAUUCCAUGGGAUAUCCUCAACGAACAGGCCUACAGAAGUGACUCCAGGACCUUCGCGGUUUGAUCUCCCCGAAGCCGAGGAGUUUGCGCUCGGCGUAUUUUCGUCAUUCGAUGACAUCACUUAUAGUACCAAACCGAUUGUACAAGCUCCAGACACGUAUAAGAGAGACAAUUCGCCUAGCGGUAAAUGUUCACCGGAUAGAGACAGUAAAAAUGAUACAACGGAAGAUGAAGAAGAUGAUGCCAAUACAAAUGAGAAAAGUUUGAAAGAAGUGAAUUCAGAUGACGAUUGGUCUGUAACUAGAUGUUUCCAAAGGGGCCAAGAGACGCAACCGUCGCCAUCAAAAAGAGUACGAUUCGAUCUUGAAGAAAAGGAGAAUAUGGAAAAAGGGAAAUCGUCCUACAAAACAAACUCAGAAGAUUCCAUUACUAAUCAUGCAAAAAUCAUUCGAGAGGUAUUGAAGAAAUAUCCUCACUUAGUAAAGAAUAAUAAGAACAUACGAUUGAAGAUAAUGCAAAAGGAGGCGAAAUCCUCUGAUAGUAAUUCAGCAUCUAAAACAAAAGUUUCUUAUGUGGUUCUAAAAUCUGAUCAUUUGAUGUCAAGCAAUAGUGGCGAGGACAACGAAACGAAAAGUAACGGAAACGUUGAUGGCGGCGAGACUGGUCCUUGGAAGUGUAAUAAAUGCGAUAUAGAAGAAGAAUACACAAAUUACUAUAUGUAUAGAAGGCACAUGCAGGAUGUGCACGAAGAAAAAUUCGAUCCGAGAGUUUGCGAGCAUUGUGGUUACAAAGCGACCAAACGAAAUAUCUUAAUGUAUCAUCUUUACACGAAGCAUAAUGUGCCUCCGCCGAAAAGCAUGUGUUUCCCAAAGUGUCAGGCAUGUUCUUACGUGGCGCUAUCGGAAACACUUCUGGUGAGACACCAGAUAAAUCACAACCAUCGUCCAACAUCACGCCAACAGUCAUCAUCAUCGGAAGAAAUUCAAUGCAUGCAGUGUACGCAGACGUUUAAAGACGUCACAGAAUUGACCACCCAUGAAAUUAAUACUGGUCACGGUAGUUCGUCAGAAGGAAAAGAAAAAGGUCAUCGUUGUCCUCAUUGUGGCAAAGUUUUCGUACGCGCUACAAAUUUACAAGUUCAUCUGGACUGUGUGCACAAGGAUUUACGAGAGCUGGACAAUGUAUCCAUGCCAUCGAUUUCUUUGGAACCCUCAUCGGAAGCCGAAGCACUUAGUCAUGUUGCGAGUGGAAUAGCAGCUUCCUUAGGUGUUGGAGACGGCGUUCCACCCGAAUCGCAAGAAGAAGCUUCAAACGCGACGGAAUAUGUCGAGUCGGACAUGCAAUUAAAUAAUAUUUCACACGAGAUGACUUACAGUACACACGAACUUGAUGGUCAACCUAUGAUUAUGCUUAUUGACAAUGAUGAUAAUUAUCAACAACAGGAAAAUGAGCAACAACAACAGCCGCAACAAUUGAACAUUUCUGACAACGAACAGAUCGUAAUGCAAGGCACAGAGGAUGGUAUGAUUGUUUACAUUCAUGGAAAUGAGGAAACGGACCGACAAACAUAUGAGGACUAUCAAACCGAAGAACUUACUGAAGAAACGGAGGAGAUAGUGGAAGAAGUGGUUGAAGAAGUCGAAGAAAAAGAAACGGAUGAAGAAAUGCAAGUUGAACAGACCGAGGAGGUGUUAGAGGAAUGCAACGUUGAUCAAGUAGAAGAGGUUAUACAGUAUGUAGAAGAACAAACAGAAAUCGUGGAGUAUGACGAGCAAUGCAGCGAACAAAGUAACAGUGUUGAUGAGCCACAAGAAUCAGUAAUGAUCAUUGAAGAAGAACACCUUGAUGAAGAACAUCUUGAUGAAGAACAAGAUUCUCAGAAGGAUGAUAAAGACAACAAAGACAGAAGCUUUACCGAGUGGGAUGAGGACAGUGAAGAAUUAGUUGAAUCCUAA